ACAGAAGUCCGAGAGAAACUCUGCUCUCACAUUUUAAUGAACUGUUACUUGUCUUUCUCCUCUUGUCCUUCUGCAUUAUUAGAAAUGUAAAGUUAAUGUUUUAUUUUAAAACUAAGCGUCAGAGUUUCAUUGUCGUUUUGGAUGUGAAGAUGGACCAAACCUUGCGUUGUGUGCUGGGGUUUUUCUUGCUGAAUUUGAUCCCCCACGGAUUGGCUCAAGGUAACCGUCCCCGUGUGACCACAACAUCCAACUGGCCUGAAACAUUCUGGGCUGAGACGCUCACUCUCAGAUGUGAGAUUGAGGGAGGUGGAGACUCUGAAUGGACGUUUAGGUGGAGCACACCCAGAACAUCCAAAUAUACAACACACAAUGAAUACAUUAUUAUUAGCCAAGCCACUGAUUCUGAAAACGGAGGCUACCAGUGCUCAGGCAGAAGGGGAUCCCCUAAUCCUACCGACACGCCUUGGAGUGAACCCUUCAAAUUGACUGUAACACCAAGAAGACCAAAGGCUGAACUGAGAGCUGACAGGACAUCAAUUCCAGCAGGGGGCGCUGUGACCCUGACCUGUGAUGUGAACCCUCUAUCAUCUGGCUGGACGUACAUCUUGUACAGAAGAGAUCACUCGGGCACACAAGAUGAUGGUAAAAACUUUAAUGGACGAAUCAGUGUCUCCAAGGGAGGAGUCUACAGGUGCAGAGGAGUGAGAGGAGAACCAGUUUACUACACAGAGUACAGUGAUUCAGUCAUUAUCAACAUCAUUUACAGAGCUGUUGUGACUCUUCAGCCCCAUUGGACUGAGAUAUACAGCGGAGAGAAGAUCACUUUGAGAUGUGAAAUCGAAGGUGGAGACGACUCUGAGUGGGAGUAUGAGUGGGAAACAACCAGCACUGAUAGAUCUGUAAGACAAAGUGAAUCCUUUGAAAUCACUGCUACUUCUUACAGGGAAGGAGAAUACAAGUGUAAGGGAAAACACAAAACUGAGGUACUUUCCUCAACACCAUGGAGCACUCCAAUCACAUUGACAGUAUCAGAACAAAAACCAAAGGCUGAGCUGAAGGCUGAUGACACAGAUAUUCCAGUAGGAGGUUAUGUGACCCUGACCUGUGAUGUGAGCUCUUCAUCUGGUUGGCAAUACUACUUUUGGUACAGAGCAGAUAAAUCAUCUAACUCAUCAUCCAUACAUGAAUUCUCCUCGGCUGGACAAAAGCGUGUCUCAAAGGAAGGACUCUACUGGUGUAGAGGAGAGAGAGGAAACCCAGUUUACUACACAGAGGACAGUAAUACAAUUCAGUUAAAAGAAAAUACGGUUGCAAACAAGGCUGUCGUGACUCUGCACCCCAACUGGUCUGAAAUCUACUCUAAAGAGUCGAUUACUCUAAGAUGUGAGAUAAAGGAUGGAGACGACACUGAGUGGGAGUACGAGUGGAAAACAAGCAACUCAUUCAAACCUCCAAAGGAAAAGGAAUACAGUAUUGGACCUGCUGAUACAUCACACAGUGGAAACUACAGUUGUAAGGGCAGAAAAAAAAGUGACCAGUCUCCAACAGGUUGGAGCGAUCCCAUCACAUUAACGGUUUUAUCCAGUUCACCCCAGCCUGUCCUCACCGUGUCUCCACUCUGGCUGAGUCCUGGAGACUCUGUGACUCUGAACUGUGAGGUUAAACACCCAUCAGCAGGAUGGAGGUUCUACUGGUAUGAAGCUAUUCCCAAACUAUCUGACAACUCCUACAACUACCAGCUGCUAUCUGGAAGCAGAAAUGGAACUGAAAAGUAUUCCUUCAUUGUUCAUGGACAGACACACACAGCAGGAUAUGUGUGCAGAGCUGGAAGAGGAGAAAUUAACACUCCUUAUAGUGAACCAAAGUUUGUCUGGUCUGGAGAUUUGCCUUCAUCAGCAUCUCUCACAGUGAGUCCUGAAAGAGUGCAACACUUCAUCUCUGAUUCUGUCUCACUGGAGUGUAAGGGGAACUCUACUCAGUGGAGAGUGAAGUUUCAAGAGGACAGCUUCCUGGCAGAUUGCUCCCUGAGGGAUACAAAGACUGGAUCAACAUGCACAAUAGAUCGUCACAUCUCAAGAAAUAAUGUGUACUGGUGUGAGUCUGGAUCAGGGGAGUUCAGCAACGCUGUCAACAUCACUAAACAGAGGUAUGACAUUAUCCUGGUGAGCCCUGUCCAUCCAGUGACUGAAGGAAGUUCAGUUAGUCUUAGCUGCAGAUUGAGACGCUCAGAUAUUGUUUCCAAUGUGUUCUUCUAUCAGAAUAACAAACUCAUUCAAAAUGAUACCAGAAAGGAGCUUAAUAUCUCUGCUGUGUCAAAGUCUGAUGAGGGCUUCUACAAGUGUCAGACCUCAGGGAGAGAGUCGUCUCAGAGUUGGAUGUCAGUAAAAGUGGAAAUGCUGUUUGAGGAAUCCACAUUUCCU